AUGUUAGCAACUUUUUCUAAAGCGAGAAGUGUUUGCUCUUCUGGUUUCAUGGCAUGUUAAGUAAUUUAAUAUAGUGUUUUAAUUUCUUGGGAAUUGAAUGUGUACCCUUUUGUGGCAUGAAAGGUGGAAGGAUGCCAUCAGAAUCAGAUAAAUGGGGAUGGAAGCAUGUCAGUGUGUUUGGUGGGUUUGAUAAAGGAAGUGGUACAAAAAGAUGGAAAUGCAAUCACUGCAAUCUACGAUAUAAUGGAUCUUAUUCUCGUGUUCGAGCACAUCUUCUUGGUUUUUCAGGCGUUGGAGUCAAAAGCUGUCCAGCUAUUGAUAGGUCUUUGAAAGAAUCCUUUCAAAUCUUAGAAGAAGAGGGGGUUGCUAAGAAAAAGAAAAGAACAUCUGGAAGUGGAAGGAAUGGCAAGCGUGUUCGAACUUCUCGACCAAAUCUCACUCGUAUCACCAAAGAAGAUGUAGACGAAAUCCUAGCAAGAUUCUUCUUUGCUGAUGGAUUACAUGCUAACAUUGUUAACUCACCUUACUUCCAGGAGAUGAUAAAAGCAGUUGCAGCUUUUGGCCCAAGUUAUGAACCCCUUUCGAUACAUGAUUUGUGUGGUUCCUUCUUGAGCAAAGAGAAAGAAAGGAUAGAUAAAUUUAUGAGUCUAGUUAGGGAAUCUUGGCCUCACACAGGAUGCACUUUACUGUGUAAUGGCCGUUUGCAUGGUAUUUUGGGUACUUUUCAGGUUAAUGUAUUUGUAUCUAGUCCUAGGGGACUCUCAUUCUUGAAAGCAGUAACUGUGGACAAUAUUGAUGGAGCAGGCAAUUCUGUUGUUAGUAUCCUUGAAAACACGGUCAUGGAAGUUGGGCCUACUAAUGUGGUACAAAUAAUUUCACAUCUUGGCCACGCCAAUGCAUAUCCAGAAUCCUAUUCGUUGUCGGAAUUCCCUCAUAUAUUCUUGUCUCCUUGCUCUUCACAUUCUGUUCACAUUUUAAUGGAAGAUAUAGCCAAAUUGGAUUGGAUAAGACCUGUUGUUUUGUGUGCUAAAGAAAUUGAGAAAUGCAUAACCACAUUUCAGAAUUUCUCUCCUUGUGCCUUCACCCAAAAUUUGAAAGUGACUUCCGACUCACUGUUUGCUAGAAUUGCUCCUUCCUUUUACAUUGUCCAAAAGAUCCAAGAACUAAAGCAAGAAUUUCAAGCAGCAGUUGUGAAGGAAGAGUGGAAGCAAUGGAAACUUAGUAUUGCACAGGAUGUUAGAAGCAUUGAAGCAACCAUAUUAGGGGAAGAUUUCUGGAGCAGGGCUGUUAUGUUGUUGCAAAUAUGUGAGCCGUUCAUCAGAUUGUUUGCUGCGCUUAAUAUUGACAAAUGCGUCAUGGGUGAUGUCCAUGAGUGGCGAGUUCAGGCUAUUGAAGCGGUGAAAAGUACAGGAAUAGAUACUAAUGCAUUCAAUCAACUAGAAGGUUUGAUAGAUAACAGGUGGGAUGUGCUGUUUUCACCUCUUCAUUCUGCAGGUUAUAUAUUAAACCCAAAAUAUUUUGGCAGAGGCCAGACUAAGGAUAAAACCAUAAUGAGGGGUUGGAAAGCCACAUUAGAGAGAUAUGAGUGUGGAAGUGCUGCCAGAAGAGUUCUCAGAGAGCAGCUAAGUUCAUACUGGCGACUUGAAGGAUCCUUAGGAGAGGAAGAUGCAGUGGAUUGUAGAGAUAAAAUGGACCCCGUUGCAUGGUGGGAAAACUUUGGUUUUGAGAUACCCCACUUGCAAACGUUGGCCAUAAAAGUUCUAAGUCAGGUUUCAAGUGUUGCAAUGUCUGAAGAGAUAUGGCAACAUAAUGGUAAUUCAUGCGAAGAAAUAACUUAUGGGUUGGGAUUAGAAAGAUGGGAAGACCUUGUUUAUGUUCAAAACAAUCUUAGACUUCAAGGUCAUAGAAUGGAUUUUCAGGCUCACCCGCCACUUAGAGACAUGGUACUGAGCUCUCCGGUAGAAUCCAAGACAAAAGCUGUGCUUUGUAGUUCUGACAGAUUAUGCUAGGUUAUGUGCUUCGUUACUGUAAAAUCAAUAAAAUUAUUCUUUUAUCGUCAUUUUUUGUGCUUGCAUUAACUAUGAAAUGGAACUCAGGUUCAGUUUGUAUUUGGGAAAAAAGGAGAGAGAAGGGGCAUUCCGAGAAUUGAACUCGGGACCUCUCGCACCCUAAGCGAGAAUCAUACCACUAGACCAAAUGCCCUCAUUUAUAUUCAAAUUUCAAAUUAUCAUUUUAAAUAUUUCUUGAAAUUUUCUCUUUAUUCCUAAGGGAAGCACAACCCGUGAAAAUUUUAUUCUUUGGUAGUAAAUUAUGUUUAAGUACCUUUAUAUUUGGUCAAUGUCUAGAAAAUAAACCGUAUUCAUUUAACUUUUGUUUUCAACUUGCUAAUUUUAAAUAUGUAAUUAAUUUAUUGUUUCACCCCUAUUAUGAAUGAAAUCACAGCACACGUGUUCAAAAUAAAUCUCAUACCAAUAAAUUAUUUUCUUAUAUAUUUUUUGUUAAAUAAUUUUUAAAAAAAUCAAAGAACAGUUGUGUCUGUUGAAAUUUGACGACAAAGAGUAUUCAUUUAAUUUAUUUUACUUAAUAUACAUUUUUGCUUAAAUUCUUCCAAUAUUAUUUUAUAAUUUUUUUAUAUAUUAGUUAUAUUGCUUAUUUUAUUUUGUUUUUUAUCUUUCUUUUUGUUUUAAAAGAUAAUAAAAAAUUUAAAUGAUAAUGGGAUUACUCUUAAUAUAUAUAGAAUAUAAACUAGUAAACAUCUUCAUUUCAAUCUUUUAUUGAGGGUAACUUUGGAAACCUUUCUUCAAGAAACCAACAUGUGAUCUAUAUUAUGUUGUAUUAUCUUGAGUCUAGACCCACUUUACCCUUUCUUUUUCUUUCAUUCAUUUUCCUUUUCAUUUUGGAAAAAAAUUGGUACUCAUCAAUCGAAUAAGACAAGAAAGGAAAAAGAAAACAAAGAAAACUAUGAUAGCAUCUGCAGGAGUUCAUGGGUAAAACUGCUCUCCAGGAGGGAGGAGCAUUUCAUUGAAUCCUUCGGUUAACAAAAAUGGAUUUAUCAAAUUUUACUUCUUUUACAUCUAACUUUCUAGAAUACACUUUUAUUUGAAACCCAUUCAAACAUUGAACGUAAGAC